AUGUCGCCUACUCCACUCCGCCCCGGCGUUUAUGCGCCAACCAUGACCUUCUUCGACCCCAACAGCGAAGACCUUGAUGUCCCUACAAUCCGCCGCCACGCCGUGCGCUUGGCCAAGGCGGGGCUUGUCGGCCUGGUGACCAUGGGCUCGAACGGUGAAGCCGUGCAUCUGACCCGCGAGGAGCGUGCCACCGUGACUCGCGAGACUCGCUCUGCUCUCGACGAGGCCGGAUUCCAAAACGUGCCCGUCAUUGCCGGUGCCAGCGAAAACAGUAUUCGCGGUACCAUUGACCUUUGCAAGGAGGUCGCUGCUGCUGGUGGCGAGUACGCUCUCAUUGUGCCUCCUAGCUAUUACCGCGCUGCUGUUGGCAACGACGAGACUAUUUAUGAGUACUUCACAUCCGUGGCCGACGGCUCACCUAUUCCUCUGAUCCUGUACAACUACCCUGGCGCCGUCGCCGGUAUUGACAUGGACUCCGACCUCAUCAUUCGCAUCUCUGAGCACCCCAACAUUGUUGGUACCAAGUUCACCUGUGCCAACACUGGCAAGCUCACCCGCGUCGCCAAUGCCCUGGGCGCAGUCACCCCCGCAUCUCCACUGGCCAAUGCCAACCGCCCCGCACCAACUGUCUCCAAGCCUGAUGCGAAGCACCCCUACAUUGCCUUCGGUGGUAUCGCCGACUUCACUCUGCAGACCCUUGUCUCUGGUGGAACUGCCAUUCUGGCCGGCGGUGCCAAUGUCAUCCCCGUCUCUGCGUGCGGUCGUCUGGCCGAGGCCAUUGAGGCUCAGCAGCAACUCAGCGCUGCGGACUGGGUUCUGACCAAGGCCGCUAUUCCCGGCACCAAGUCUGCCAUCCAGUCUUACUACGGAUAUGGUGGAUACCCUCGACGCCCGCUUGGCCGUCUCAAUGAUGACCAGGCCAAGGAUCUCGCGGGCAAGAUCAAGGGCGCUCUGGAUGUGGAGCUCUCCCUGAAGGAUGUCGCAUAA